AUGCGCCAUUCGGGACUCCAGCGCGAAGUCCUCAAGCUGUAUCGAGCAUGUCUGCGUGCUGCAGGCCAGAAGCCAGAGGCGACAAGGGAGAACUUCCGGAAUGCAGCAAGACGCGAAUUUCGCAAGAACCAGGCCAUUGACAAAAAGGACUUUGGGGCGGUCGAAACAUUGAUCAGAAUGGGCGCUCGCAAGCUCGAGCUCUAUUCGUCCCCGGGCGUCAAAGACAUUCAUUGA